AUGGGUUAUGACAUGGAGGAAAAACUUUUGGAAGUAAUUUUGGAGGUAGACAGGAAGAUAGGACUACCUAAAGAACCAGAGCCAGAAAGAACUGAGACUGAAAGGAACAGUGAGGAAGAAGAUGGUGAUAGUCUUCAUCUCUCUAGACAAAGACAGUCCUCUUCAGCCAGAAGAACCUCCAUUACAAAGGAAGCCAGACUUAAACAGCCAAAUGUCUUCAAUGGGAAAAGAGGUACUGAAGCUAAAACAUUCAUCAUGAAGAUGGAAAUGUACAUCAAAGAGUACCCUGGUAACUUCACUGAUGAGAGAAAGAUCAGGGCCACCUUAACCAAUAUGGGAGAAGGUGAACCAGUCAAAUGGGCCAGUCCCCUGAUGCAGAAACAUCUCACUGAUGAACCUCAUGAGUACCUUACCUGCUGGAAUGCAUUCAAAGCAGCAUUCCUACUCAACUUCAGUGAUCCAUCCAAAAGGGAUAGGGUUAUUAGGGAGAUCAAUAGCCUAAAACAAACUGGAUCAGCACAAAAAGAUCUUGAUUGGGAUGAGAAAGCUCUCAUUGACACCUUCAAAAAGGGACUCAAGAUCAACCUGCAGUCAGAAUUGAUUUGCAUGAAGAUCACUACUCCUGAAAUUGAUAACUACUCUUUGGAGCAAAUCAUUGAAGUAGCCAUCAGGACUGAUGACAUUCUUCAACAGGCAGCUUCAAUCAGGGACACUACUACACCACCUAGUGUCCUAAAGAAAGGAAAGACCAACAACUAUAGGCCUACAGAGAGGUUCCCUUCAGAGACUUCUCUGAAGAGAAGCCAAGCAGAGCUCUUUAAACAACUCCCUCAACACAGAUCCUUUGACUGCUCCAUUAACUUCAAGGAAGGAAGUGAACUUCCAAAACCUGCUAAAGCCUAUCCCAUGUCUCCAGCAGAGUCCAAAGCCAUGAAGAAAUAUAUGGAGAAGGAACUAUUGGAUGGGAAAACUGAUGGGAGACUGAGACUAGUAGUGGACUGUGGGAAGAUCAAUGAUAUCACCAGCACAGAUCAAUUCCCCAUGCCCUUGCAGUCUGACCUUCUAGAAAAGGUCAAGGAUGCCAAUAUUUUCUCCAAACUUGAUCUGAAGUCAGGAUACAAUAACAUCAGGAUCAAGGCAGGAGAGGAAUGGAAAACUGCUUUCAGGACAAAGGAUGGUCUCUUUCAAGAAGAACACACCAAACAUCUCAGGGAAGUACUUAGAAGGAUCAGGGACAACAACCUGUACCUGAAACUUGCAAAGUGCCUAUUCCACACCACUGAAGUGACCUAUAUUGGCAUUGUGAUUACCCCAGAAGGUAUCUCCAUGGAGAAAGAAAAGAUCAAGGCAGUACAGGAAUGGAAGGAACCUAAUGUUAUAGAGUAG